AUGUUUCUUCUAACUCAUAUACCCAUAAAUAUUUCUAGACAGAGUUUAUCUCAAUAUCUCUAUUUCAACUUAGAUAAUGAUACUACCACUUCUCCUACUACUACUACUACUACUACUACUACUACUACUACUACUACUAAUAAUAAUAAUAAUAAUAAUAAUAAUAAUAAUAAUAACAAUAAUAAUAAUGCUGUGGCUUGUCGACCAUCUGUCCGUGUAACAAGAUUUAUCAAUUUCCUAAACAUUGUUUUUCAGUUUACUAUGUAA